CUAAUAUGCCUAUAGAAGAUUUUCGACUGAAGACAGUCACAUUUGGUGUUAAUUGUGCACCAUAUUUGGCAAUAAGAACCCUACACCAACUCGCUGAAGACUGCCAAAGCGAAUAUCCGCUCGCAAAAAGCAUACUUUUACAUGAAACGUAUAUUGAUGAUAUUCUAUCAGGUGGUCACGAUAUACAGUCCACUCUAAACGCGAUGACCCAAGUUACCGAAGCCCUGAAACCAGCAGGAUUCCCUUUGAGAAAAAUGUCGGCAAACCACCCGGAAAUUUUAGAGCCAAUUCACGACUCAGAUCUAUUAGAUGUCGAUUUUCUCAAAUUCCAAGAUGCAAGCUCCACAAAAACGCUCGGAAUCCAAUGGAAUGCUCUAACAGACACCUUUACAUAUGCAUACGACCCACUUUUAGCAGCGCACUCAUGCACAAAAAGACAGAUUUUAUCAGCAGUAGCGAAAUUGUUCGAUCCCGCAGGAUGGCUAACGCCAAUAAUGAUCCUUGCAAAAAUGCUGUUACAGCAACUCUGGAUGGAGGGAACUGAUUGGGACGAGAACAUCAAACCCGGGGCCCUUCAAAAAUGGAAUGCCUUUUACGUAAAUUUACCCAAAAUUGAGAACAUUAAAAUUCCCCGUUGGGUACAGUAUACCCCCGACAAACCCAUCCAACUGCAUGGAUUUUCAGAUGCCUCCGAAAAAGCCUUUUGUGCUUGCGUCUAUUUAAGCCGCUAAAAGCAAGGUAGCACCCUUACAAACCGUAAGUCUUCC